GCACUCGCCCCCACUUCCUGCCAUCGUUGGCCUCUUCCGUUGCUUUUCUGUUGGCCUGGUUUUGUGCCCCGGGUCCUUCCCGGCCUUCGACCCUUGCUUCUCAGAUCCUCUCAUCUGGACUCGGAGGCUCGUUCCUCAACCCGAUUCUCCCCGAGACUCGGAGCAGGCCUGCCGUGCGUCUUCACGGGGCGUCUGGGCUGAGGCCUGCCGCGCGCGGUGAGUGCCGCGCAGACCUGACCCGGUCUCCUCGCCCUCGGUUGAGGCCACCGUCUCGGGAUGCCGCGACCCGGGUUUGCGCAGCGCUGGGCGGCCGUCGCGGGCCGUUGGGGCUGCAGGCUGCUCGCGGUACUGCUGCUGGUGCCGGGGCCUGGCGGCUCCUCUGAGAUCACCUUCGAGCUGCCCGACAACGCCAAGCAGUGCUUCUACGAGGACAUCACACAGGGCACCAAGUGCACCCUUGAGUUCCAGGUGAUUACUGGAGGUCACUAUGAUGUAGACUGUCGAUUAGAAGAUCCUGAUGGUAAUGUGUUAUACAAAGAGAUGAAGAAACAGUAUGAUAGUUUCACCUUCACAGCCUCCAAAAAUGGAACAUACAAAUUUUGCUUCAGCAAUGAAUUUUCCACUUUCACACAUAAAACUGUAUAUUUUGAUUUUCAAGUUGGAGAAGACCCACCUCUGUUUCCUAGUGAGAACCGAGUCAGUGCUCUUACCCAGAUGGAGUCUGCCUGUGUUUCAAUUCAUGAAGCUCUGAAGUCUGUCAUCGACUAUCAGACUCAUUUCCGUCUGAGAGAAGCUCAAGGCCGAAGCCGAGCAGAGGAUCUAAAUACAAGAGUGGCCUAUUGGUCAGUAGGAGAAGCCCUCAUACUUCUGGUGGUUAGCAUAGGGCAGGUAUUUCUUCUAAAAAGCUUUUUCUCGGAUAAAAGAACCACCACAACUCGUGUUGGAUCAUAACUACAUUUUGAGAAUUGAUGCACCAUUGCCACUGUAAUAUUGCUGUCUUCUGAUUUUAGGUACUGAAGAACUUAAUAUUGGCAACAUUUUUAAAACCUUAUUCAUUCACUUAACUGGGCGGGACAUACAAUGCAUAUCCCCAAACUGGAAAGGACGCCUUUUUUUUAUUUGUAAAAGGUGGAAAAACUUUGGAACUUACCUUGGGGUAUUCAUGUUAAAUAUUCAGCACCAAUGAUCUACUCUUUUCUUGGCUGUUUGUAUCUACUCCUCGCACACUAAACUUUGGUAUUUUGAUUCCUUUUAACCAUUUAAAAGUACUUUUCUUAUAGGUAGUUGAUAUUUUAAAACCUUAGAUUUAAGGUCUACAUAUGUUGUGGAGGAAGAAAAUUGCCUUUUAAUUGUUUAUAGUGAAUAAAGUUUUGUUUUUUAAGAAAACCAAAUGUGAUAACUAUAGCCUAAGCCCUAUUCUGCACUGUUUAAUUUUAUGGGAAAAAAAAAUUACCAUAGAAAUGUUAGUCAAUGUUGAUAUAAUUUAAAAUUGAUAUAUCAUGGUAUAAUUUAUUUCUCACUGGCUUGAAAAAUGUGGGAUUUUGAGUUUUGUUUUGUUUUGUUUUGGUUUAUUCUAUGAAUUAUAACCAGAAGUUAUUUUUUCAUAAAACGAUUCUAACCACACAGAAUAACAGUAUGUCUCAAUAACAUUAUAGAGUUUAUAGAGGCCUUAAAAAUCAGACUGUUCUAAUAGGUAGAAUAAUUAUGGAAUAAUUUAAGACACUACAAUGGGGGCAAAUGAAAUGGGAGAAUUUAUAGUGAAUUUUCUGUACACAUUACAUUUUCAGUGCUUUUACAAAGAAAAAAGGUGAUCUGUUUCAUUUUAUCAUUUUAAUUGGCUGGUUCUUGUCCUUAUGUGACUUUAAUGUGUUUGAGUCAUUCCCAGCUUAAAUUGACAAUUGUAAUAUUAGUAUCACAUAAGUGCCAUACAUUUUAUCCAAAUGGGUGUGAUGCACUGAGAAGUUUCUUUGUUUCUUCUUUCGUUGCCGUUUUUGUUUUUUUUGCCUUGCACAUGAAAUUUCUACAAUCUCUAGUUAUCAACCCUAAAAUGAUUUAAAAAUUUAGAAUGCUUAUAUGUGUGUUUCUUAUUUAAUAAUCUUCAUUGAUUGUAUUGCACUUGCGUAUUAAAGAGUGCAUAUUCUGUUCACUAUAGGGUUUAGAAAAAGAUUUUGUUCCAGUAUUCUAGAAUAGAAUACAAAAUUAUGCAAAAUUGUAUUGCUAUUUAAAGAUUUUUGCUGUUUUAAAAAGAAAAAAUUGCAACUGCUUUUCUGCCAUGCCCCAGUUCCCCACCCAAAGUGAUGAAUGUUGAAGACUGUCAUAGUUUAGAAACUCUGAUGUGUGUUACUAUGUAAUACUGAUUGGAUAGCUAUUCUGAUCACUUACCAUUACUGAUCAGAAGUUAACUCUUAAUUCUAAACUUUUAAAAUGCAUAUAUACACUUUGCAUGUAGAAGCAAAAUUAAUUCAGGUUGUCAUGCUUGCUAAUUUCAAAUGCCACAGUGUAGUAAGGGAUGAACAUAUUUUCAGCUUUAUAAUUCUAAGUUGUUUAAAGACAAAAUAACUGCUUCUUAAGCAGCAUUUAUUAAUGCAUUAAGAACUAAAUUUUAAGAUUUUGCAGAUUUAUCUGUUUGGGUUCUUGUAUUGGAUUUAUUUGGCAACUUUGUAACUGUCCCUCUGUAUUUAGAUUUGGAAGUUUUAAUCAUAAAUGUUAACAUAAUUGGUAAGCAUGGGCAUAUGUAAAGUGUUCUUUUCUGUUUGCCUGUCUGCUCUGUUGUGUUCAGAUACUGAUGCUAUACAUUAUUAAGCAGUCAGAUAUCAGUAUGUUGAAUAUGGCAUAGGUAGUACAGUCAUUUAAUCUGUGCCUCUCAAAAUUUUAUAUUAGGCUAGUACCAGAAAUAAGUUUUGGUGAAACUAUUGAGCUGUAUUAAAAUUUUUGAAAUCACCACUGUAAACUGUUCUGGAAAAUCGUGCAGGCUUAGUCUAGUCUGUAUGUUAACUGGUUAAAUUUUGAUGACUGUCUAUACUCAACUGAGUAUGUAUAUAUAAAUUAUAAAAUGCAUAUCUAUUCAGACACAAAUGUAAGAACAGUUUUUUUUCCUUCUCCUACUUAAUUUGUAGCUCAUCAUUUUUCUUUAAGUAAUCCUUUCAUAACUUGUUUCAGCAGUUUGAAUUGCCCAAAUAUUUGUGUUUGGACACAAGGUUCAGAAUACUUAUUUAAACAUCAUAGUUGUGUAUAUUUUUAAAGUAGAAUAAAAAAUGCAAAGGGACUUGAUAUACAAGUUUAACUGAAAUUUCAACUGUGUGAAGAAACAUUUAAGAUAUUACUUUGCUAUUAAUCUAAACGUUCUUUUUUCUAUUAAAGAAACAAACGGUUUGUGAUUCACAGCUUUCAUCUAGGCUUAAUGAUAAGCAACUUUGAAUAUAUAGUGAACUGAAAAGCAGUUUUAUUUUUUUUGAAAGAUUUCAUUCGAAUCUCUGUACUGUUCAUUUUUGUUUCAAUUUGUGUGUAACAUUUAGAGUUAAAUAGAACAAAGUAGACCCUAUGACUAUUGUUUUGAAAAAUUAAAUGAAUUACAAUAUACAUAAUUCAAAGGGGGUUUUCUUUUACUUUGAAAAAGAAGAUGCUAUUUCUCUAAAUUAAACAGAUUUUGGUUCUGCAGGAGUGCACCAGGUUUUUGGUAAAAUAAAAACCUUUCAACAACUGAUUUCACUUAUAUCUGUUAGGAUUUAAAUCUUUUUUAAAGCUCCUUAUAAACUUUCAGCUUGGAGUACGGUUUUGUAGCAGGAGAGAGUGAUUAUUUAUUUGGUAUUUCAUUAAAACAUCUGACCAAGAAAGAAAGUUAAAGAAGUACCACCUCUAUACUGCCUCAUUUUUUACUUUCUCUUUGCAUUUCUUACUGAAAGUUUGUGUGGGUAAAAGGCAGUUAAGCCAUCAGUUGCUCUAAAAAGUUCUUAGUUUUUAAGUAAAUUAACUUUAGGUUGUAUACUACUCUCAAAAUUGUUUUUUUUCUUUUUUCUCCCUUCAUAAUGUAGUCAUAAGGACAUAUUCUGGUUCUUGGGGAUAACUCUACAAAAGUACCAGGGAAAUAACAGUAAAUGUAAGUCAGCGUUUAUUAUAGUGCUUACUUUGUGUCAUGCUAUGCUAAUUUACUGGUAUUGACACAUUUCAUCUUUUUCAUAGUUUCUUAUGAACUAGGGAUAUUCUCAUUUUUCAGAUGAGGUAACUGAGCCAUAGAGAAGUUAAGAAACCUGCCCGUAUCAUGCAGUAAUCAUCAGAAUCUGAAUAUGAACUAUCACAGUCUGGUUCCAGAGCCCUCUUUUUCAAUCACCCACCAUACAGUGUUGCCUUAUGAAUGCCAAUUAAGGAUAGACUCCUGAAGACUUAGCUAUCUUGAUUUCAGUCUAGCUCAAUAGUGGUUCAGUGCUUCAACUUUGGAGUUAUAGCAAAGUUCAAAUUAUGGUUGUGUGACCUUGAACAAGUGACUUAUUGACCCUCAAUAUUUCAGUGCUCUCUACUACUACUAAAGUAAUACCAUUUACUGUAAUGAGAAUGAAGUGAGGUGUUUAUAAAACACUUAAGACCAGUGCCUAGCAUAUGCUAAGCACUUAAUAAAUAGUAACUACAUUUUUAUCAUUUGUCCAGUUCUAGUCUUUUGAUCUUUAGUUCCUAAAGUUCUUCUAGUGGCCUCUGUUCAUUUGGCUCUUAAUAUGUUUCACAAAUACAUUUGAAUAUCUGUCAGGCACAUAAAAGCUAGGGGUUUCAAAAUGAGUAAGACAGUGUGACCUCCAGGAACAUAGCCUGGUUGGAGAAGACAGGAUAGCUACAUGUGCAACUGUUAACACAAGUAAUGAAGCAUUACAGACUGCUAGAGAAAAGAAAAAGUAUAUGGGUCCAAAGACUCAUUCCCAGAGGGGUUAACUUUGUCUCUCCACAGGGGAGGCCCAUAGUUGUCUGGUUAUGCCAGUAAUUGAGUGGGUUAGUCUGUAAUUCAAGGUUAUGGAGUAUUAGCCAGUCCCUGUAACUGCAAAUUGAAAACAUGCUCUUUAACUUUGUUAACAAUAAAGGCUAUUUUUGAUCUCC